GCGCGGAUCCUGAAGAAAUCGAGAGUAGAUAGUCACGUCUAGAGCGCUAACGUCUCGAGUUUAGACUGCUCAGUAAAUAUCUUGCACUUUGUAUUAAAAACGGUGUUCUAUUUUUUUCUACUUUAUCCAUUUUUCUUAUUGUAGAUUUACAGUCGUUCGAGUCUAAUCUCUUUGUGUGCACAGCUACUCUGAAUUCUGCAAAGAAGAACAGACCUUUGGGUUAAUAAGUUAGCAGCCAUGUCUGGUGUUGUCCGAGGCCCUGCUGGAAACAACGACUGCAGGAUUUACGUUGGAAAUCUUCCCCCAGAUAUUCGCACAAAAGAUGUAGAAGAUGUCUUCUAUAAGUACGGAACAAUCAGAGAUAUCGAUCUGAAGAACCGAAGAGGUGGACCACCUUUCGCCUUUAUCGAAUUCGAAGACCCGAGGGACGCCGAUGAUGCCGUCUAUGGACGUGAUGGAUAUGACUACGACGGCUACAGACUGCGCGUGGAGUUUCCUCGGAGCGGCAGAGGCUCAAGGGGAGGCGGUUUUGGAGGGAUUGGUGGAGCACCCAGAGGCAGAUACGGGCCACCGUCUAGACGCUCCGAAUACAGGGUCGUUGUUUCAGGUCUCCCUCAGAGCGGUAGCUGGCAGGACCUGAAGGACCACAUGCGUGAGGCUGGUGACGUGUGCUACGCUGAUGUUUACAGAGAUGGAACCGGAGUAGUAGAGUUUGUGCGCAAAGAAGACAUGACCUAUGCUGUUCGAAAGCUGGACAACACCAAAUUCCGUUCACAUGAGGGAGAGACUGCGUACAUUCGUGUGAAAUUAGAUGGUCCCCGCAGCCCAAGUUACGGAAGAUCACGCUCCCGCAGUCGUGGCAGCCGGAGCAGAAGCCGCAGUCGCAGUGCCAGCCGCAGUCGCAGCAAUUCCCGUGGUCGUGGCAGAGGAUCGCCCCGCUACUCGCCUCGUCACAGCCGCUCUCGCUCCCGUUCCUAAACCUUAAUAUCAUCAAUGUUUUGCCCUUUGGAUGUAUUCCCUCCUGUUUUUACCUCUUAUAAGUUACUCCAGAUGUCAGCUAUUGAUUUUUAAUUUUUGCAUUUCUUGUCCCGAUGUCCUUGUGGAUGAUCCUGGUAUGUAGAUGUACUCCCCCAUACCCUCUCUACCUUUCCCUUCCCUUCUCAAUCUGAUUUGCCCUUUUGUUUUCUCCCUCUCUUCUUUUCUGUCAUCUCAAUUUUUGCAACAUUACAAGUUGUGCUGUGUUGAACUUCAAAAAUGUUGAGUUGUAAUGGGCUGCACUCAAUGUUUUUGCAAGUGUUGAAAAUUGAAGAUCUUGUUUGAGUUUUUUUUUUAUAGUAGGUUCUCUUUGGGUAUGGUGGGUGGGCUGUGUUGACGGGAAGCCCGAUACUUAACUGUAUUUUACCCUUGUGUCUUCCUUUAGACAUCUGAGGAGAAGGAUUAAAGUGAUUUGGAAUAAAACCAUUGUGGAGCACAUUUCAUUUGUAUGGUCAGGAUAGGACAUCUAGGAGCAAUCAGGUCGAGGCAAUGGUAUGCGUCAUAUUCCAUAAAUUGAACACUUUUAAUAGGUUGAAAUGUCAUUUAAAUGCAUGUCAUUUAACAAAGCCUUAUGUGCUGUACUUUGUUAUAUAAACAGUCUUUAACAUGUUAUUUUGGCCUGUGACAGAAUAAGCAGUCCUAAAACCAAUGUUGUGAUGUAAGUGUAACACCUUUGCUGUCAAAUGUAAAAGAUCAGAAUCACUUCUUUGUUACAAAAGCGUCCCACCUUUAAAUGUCCUCACCGGUAAAAGUACUUUAAGGUCAGGGAUCAAUAGUUUUUGUGUUCAGUGGCUUUUGUUUCUUUUUUUUUUCUUUUUUCUUUUUUCUUUUUUUUUCUUUGACCUAAGAUUAGUGCUCAACAAGGAAAAAGAAAAUGGGCCCAAAACUAUUGACAUUUUAUUCUAACAGUCUGCCUCUGAUUUUCUUCCUGGUAUUUCAAGGUUUUGAUUGGAGGAGUGGCUCAGUGGAUCCCAAUCCUUGGAGCUGGAUGAGUGGAUCGAUUAGGGAAGGGAUAGGCAAGGAUGGAUGCUCGGAACGGGAGCCGUUUUCGAGGAUUCAUAUUGGUUGAUUUCAGAACUAAUUAAUGGGAGUCCCAGAGCAACUACCUUCUCUUCCCCCCCUUUUUUUUCUUUUGUUUUACACCCCCAGCCUUUAAAAAAAAAAAAAUCAGUGAUAAUGGCUUUAUUGUACAAGAAAUGGAAACAGAGGACCAGGAAGUUGGAUCAAAGGAUGGAAUCGUAGAUGCCUGGUAUGAGGGAAUGAAAUGAGGGGAGGGGGUUCAAUCUGGGUAUAGUUUUUUGUUUUUAUUUUUGCUUAAUCUUUCUUUUUCUCUUAGCAUUUUCAAUAAAAACAAUUCAAUACAA